GUAUAAAGACUCAUUUAAGGCAGGAGAAUUUUCAAGACCUUGAAUUACCAAUGAAUAUUACAGCAAGAAGAAAUAUUCCAGCUCUAUAAAAACCACCCGAAAAACAUUCACCAAACCUCAACCUGGACAAUACUAUGAAGAAAGACAACCAUUCCUGUUUGACUCAGAUGAUCCUAAUAGGUUUCUCAGAUUUCCAGACAAUACAAGAGCUUUUAUUUUGCCUGGUUCUAAUAUUCUAUUUCAUAGCCUUGAUGGGCAACAGUCUUGUUUUGAUCCUCACCAUUUUCAGUCCCACACUCCACAGCCCAAUGUAUUUCUUCCUCUGGAACUUGUCCUUUUUGGAAAUUGGCUACACAUCUUCCAUCAGCCCAAAGAUGCUAGUGAACUUAUUAUCUGAGAAUCAGACUAUAUCCUUUUGGGGCUGUGGAUGUCAAAUGUGCUUCUUCGUUCUUUUUAGUGUCACUGAAUGUUGUCUUCUUUGUGUCAUGGCCUAUGAUCGCUAUGUUGCCAUUUGCAAACCUUUGCAAUACCCAUAUAUCGUGAACUACAGAGAAUGUGUUAAAUUUGUCGCUGCAUCAUGGGCCUUUGGGAUUUUGAUGGGUUUGGGGCAAUCUGUUUCAAUAUUCACCCUUCCUUUCUGUGGGUUGAAUAGAAUCAGCCAUUUCUUCUGUGAUAUUAUGCCUGUUUUAAGACUGACUUCCACCAACACUUACAAAAAUGAAGUGGCCAAUGCCAUACUAACCAUGGUGUUUGCCCUGGUACCCCUUCUGCUUAUCCUUUUUUCCUACAUUCUCAUCAUCUCUACUAUUCUCAUGAUUCCAGUGGCCAAGAAUAGGCAGAAAGCAUUUUCCACUUGUUCCUCACAUCUCACUGUUGUUCUCCUGUACUAUGGAACAAUUACUGCUGCCUACAUUCAUCCCAACUCAGCAACUCCUCAGGACAAUAACAGGUUUCUUGCCCUACUCUACACAGUAGUGACCCCCAGCUUGAAUCCCAUCAUUUAUAGCUUGAGGAACAAAGAAUUAAAAACUGCUUUCAAGAAAUUAGUAGCAAAGUUAUGGGGCUUCCUUAGGUAAGAAUCCAGUUAUAUCAGUUGGUUUCAUCUCUUCAUACGGUGGCUGUUCUUGUGCACAUAUUUAUGGGUAGAAGCAACUCUAGAAAAUAACAGUAGUCAAUAUCAACUUUAGAAGAACACAGAGAUGGGGCUAGAUUUGUUCAAAAAAGGGGAAAGCCAUGAUAAGAAACCUAACUUUAUUAUUUUGGUUGGCAAGUUCUUUACAAGGAAGGCUGCCACUCUCAUAGCAAGGUCAGGUUCAGAUGAGGAGAUGGACAAUUAGCAUCCAGUUCCAGAGUUGCUGCCUGAGCAACUACAGACAGAGGAGAUGGGGCCAUUCAGUAACCAGCAGGCACAGCUGCUGCUAGUCUCUGAAAAUGUGGGUUCAUCACUUCCCAAAGCAAGGACUCACAGAGCAGAGCAAAAGCAUUUUUAAGGCUCCAUGAAAGAAAGGAACCUUCCCCUUCCAAAGGAGCAACGUUGGGGUUGCUUCCAUUUAAGAACAGCAAGGUCCAGACUCUCUGUUGGCAACAACUGUUUGUUUACCCAGACUCUAUACUGUAUGCCUUGUCUCCCAACUUGAAACCUCAGGACUUUGAUUCUAGACCAGGAUUGGCUGAUGAACCUUCUGCAUUUGGAUCCUUGGACUUUGUUUGACCAGUCUUGUGCCUCCUAUUUUGGAUUAGAACCCACCUAAGUUAAACUUACUUGACUUUUGGUGACUUGUCUCUCUGAUCUGAGCAUGCAUGUUGUUGAACUCAUGUUUUCUUUGCCACUUGCUUGUUUACUUCACAAAGUUAACAUCCCUGGUGUUAAGACUAGGACACAUCCUCACCAACAACCCAGGAAUUAACACCAGACAAUCAAGUAGAAAACAAUGCCUUGAUCAAGGAACUAUUAUGGAGAAAAGCAUAUCUCCUCCAACACUGGCAGGGGAAGCUACUGUGUAUAAAUAGGGAAUAAACCUUCCAUUCACUAGCUUUUAUUAUGUUACCUAGUUGGGUAAUAAAACAUCUGCAACCAAUACCCAAGGCCAGGAUUCCAAGCUAUCUAUAUUCUCUUCUAUUGAAACUGGUGAACAGUUAGGCCUUUUUCACUUUCUUGUUCCAAAGGAUGUAGAUCAAAUAAUUAAACAUGGGAAUAAUAAUUCCACA